UACUUUAUUGAAUUUGGAGUUGCUCAGGCUCUUUGCAAUAUUGGUGCAGUAUGGCUGCCUUUAAGAGCUUUAAGUCUCUCGUCCAGCUGCAACAUAAAGAAGGAAGUUUAUAUCAAGUGGUCGGAGACUCUAGCAAGCUGCCCAAGUGGUUCCACACCGAGCAUCUGGAUGAUCCAAAAACAAUGUACGUGGAUGCUCGGGUCGUGGAAAUGAUGUUUGGUAAGGAUGGAGAGUACAUCCCGCAUGUCGAGUGUGUGACACGUACCUUGCUUCACGCGAACCAGUGGAACCCUGAAGAGGAAGCUGAGAUUUUGAUAUUCGGGCCUCCUGAUUACCAAAAGGAUGUUUCCCAGAUGAUAUCGAACUUGGUUGAGCAUUUCUCCAAGAAAACACAAGAGGAGGACUGUUCUCAAGAGACUGAGACCCAGUGUCUUCCUGAGGAGGUUCGGGAGGCUGCCACCCAGCAGGCUCCUGUGGAGGACUCUGACGCUGCCACCCAGCAGGCUCCUGUGGAGGACUCUGAUGCUGCCACCCAGCAGGCUCCUGUGGAGGACUCUGAUGCUGCCACCCAGCUGGCUCCUGUGGAGGACCCUGAUGCCACCCAGCUGGCUCCUGUGGAGGACUCUGAUGCCACCCAGCUGCCUCCGGUGGAGCUGCAACAUAAAGAAGGAAGUUUAUAUCAAGUGGUCGGAGACUCUAGCAAGCUGCCCAAGUGGUUCCACACCGAGCAUCUGGAUGAUCCAAAAACAAUGUACGUGGAUGCUCGGGUCGUGGAAAUGAUGUUUGGUAAGGAUGGAGAGUACAUCCCGCAUGUCGAGUGUGUGACACGUACCUUGCUUCACGCGAACCAGUGGAACCCUGAAGAGGAAGCUGAGAUUUUGAUAUUCGGGCCUCCUGAUUACCAAAAGGAUGUUUCCCAGAUGAUAUCGAACUUGGUUGAGCAUUUCUCCAAGAAAACACAAGAGGAGGACUGUUCUCAAGAGACUGAGACCCAGUGUCUUCCUGAGGAGGUUCGGGAGGCUGCCACCCAGCAGGCUCCUGUGGAGGACUCUGACGCUGCCACCCAGCAGGCUCCUGUGGAGGACUCUGAUGCUGCCACCCAGCAGGCUCCUGUGGAGGACUCUGAUGCUGCCACCCAGCUGGCUCCUGUGGAGGACCCUGAUGCCACCCAGCUGGCUCCUGUGGAGGACUCUGAUGCCACCCAGCUGCCUCCGGUGGAGGUCGGUGAUGCUGCCACCCAGCUGGGUCCUGUGGCGGUCCACGAGGAUGCUAGUGAAGCUGCCACUGCACAUACUUAAGGGGAGGUCCACCAGGAUGUCACUAAGCAGUCUCGAAUUGAUGUCUGUGAGGUUGCCUCCCUCCCUCGCAGCCCUCUGUAGAGGUCUCUGAGGCGGUUCUUGGCUGGGGGUGGGGGCGGGGUACCUAGAGUUCUCCAGUGGAAAGCCAUAAGACUGGAGCCCAGCAGUCUUUGGAUGUUAGUAUUGAGCUUCCAAAGGCUGCCUGGGAACCAGUUAUCAGGUUAUAAAGAUGACUCAGGUGUUGAGCCAGGAUAAAUGUACACACCUAUACUCCCAACA